ACUUAAAAAAUCGUUACAAAAUAGCUCCUUUAUAGCAUUAUUUUUAUAGAUUACCAUUAAGAUAACGCAGAUAAUCGCGCGUUGUAAAUAAAGGAAUCUGUUGCAGUUUAUAAAAACGUGACCAUUAUAAAUUUCCGUGGCAAAUACGUUUGCCAAAAUUCAACACGCAACGUAAAAAUAUUUAUCAAUGUGAACCCACCUUAAGCAAGCCGAUUACAUUUUCGCAACUGCGCAGUAGCAUAUAACGAUGACCAUAACGAAACAGCAAAAUAAGAGGUAAAAAAGUCUCUAAUUUACUUGAAUUGUAAAUCCGCCAUCACGAUGUGAUUUACAAGAUUGUUAUUACCUAUAAGAUUUGACAACGUUGCAUUUGAGAGUAGCGGUUAUUUUAUUACGUGCUUAACAAAAGUAUGAAUAGAAGUGACAGUACACCACUUGUUAAAAUCGAACCAAAGCAGGAACAAGAAAUCAAUUUUUCUCUUCAGGGAAGCAUUUUGGUUAGUAACGAACCUUUGGUUACCAUAAAGGACGAAGUUACAGUUCGCGCACAGUGUUCUAAAUUUUUUUAUAAUGAUGUCCAGCCACACUCUGCCUUUCACCUUUUAACUCAGUGUAAAGCCGUGUCGAAAAAUUUUAAAUGUGCUGAUUGUGAUUAUAAGACAAAUGUUAAAAAGUACUUUAACCAACACCAUUUAAAACAUAAAGUUUCCAAGGAUUUGAAAUGUGCUAAUUGUGAUUAUGAGACAAACAGUAAAUAUAACUUUAAUCAACACCUUUUAACACAUACAGUUUCUAAGGAUUUUAAAUGUGCUGAUUGUAAUUAUGGGACAAAUAAUAAACACGUCUUCAAACGGCAUCUAGUAAAACAUAAAUUGUCUAAGGGUCUAAAAUGUGGUAAUUGUGAUUAUGAGACAAAUGAUAAAUAUUACUUUAACCAACACCUUUUAAAUCAUAAAAUUUCUAAAGAGUUUAAAUGUGUUAAUUGUGAUUAUGAGACAAACAAUAAACAUACUUUUAACCAACACCGUUUAAAACAUAAAGUUUCUAAGGAAUUUAAAUGUGCUGAUUGUGAUUAUGGAACAAAUUAUAAAAACAACUUUAAACAACAUAUUUUAAAACAUAAAGUUUCGAAAGAUUUUAAAUGUGCUAAUUGUGAUUAUGGAACAAACAACAAAUAUACCUUUAACCAACACCUUUUAAAACAUACAGUUUCUAAGUAUUUUAAAUGUGCUCAUUGUAAUUAUGGGACAAAUCAUAAACGCAACAUCAAUCGACAUCUUUUAAAUGAUGAAAUUUCAAAAGAUUUUAAAUGUGCUGAUUGUGAUUAUGGGACAACUUAUAAAUGCAACUUUAAACAACAUAUUUUAUUACAUCAAGGUUCUAAGGUAUUUACAUGUGCUGAUUGUGAUUAUGGGACAAACAACAAAUAUACCUUUAAGCAACACCUUUUAAAACAUAAAGUCUCAAAGUAUUUUGAAUGUGCUCAUUGUGAUUAUGGGACAAAUUAUAAAUGCAACAUCAAAAGACAUCUUUUAAAUCAUAACGUUUCUAAGGAUUUUAAAAAUGCUGCUGAGACAAAUGGUUAAAAGAACUUCAAACAACAACACUAACUGUUAAGGACUUUAAAUGUGCUAAAUUGUGAUUAGGACACAAAUAAUAAAUUUGGCUUUGAACAACACCAAACCACAGGUACCCCUUAUCUUAUCCACCAUGGUUCUAUUAUUGUACCAUAAUUUAUUCUACAAUCAAUAACACAUAAGUCUUAGAUAGGAACUGUAGAGUGCUGUGAACUCGGUUGUGAACAAUUGAAACUACCAAUAAUUAUUGUAAACAAUAAAUGUAAGGCGAGAUAUAAGGUAAAGAAUUCUUUUUAAUUUAGACGUUUUAAGUUAGGAGCAAUAUCACAAAAUGAGUCAAUGCUUAGGGAUGGUAAUAAGUGAAUCCUUUCAUCUUAUGUUAAUAUUAUGGACAUCAGACAUCUAGACCUUAUUUUAUUAAAAAGGAUUUGAACUAAGAUUUGAACAAACAUGUUGCACAGCAGUUCAAAUGCAACAUCCCUAUAAAUAUCUCGUAGCGUCUCUAAUUAAUAUGCUUGGAGGAAUUAUGCAAUUGUCAUUAAUUCGGUGUGCGUUUGAAUUGCAGAACAUUUUGUUCCUGUUAGUAAAGAUUAAUUACGUUUGCAAAAGAUUACAAUUCUUACAUUUAUUUUACUUAAAUACACAAAGCAAAUAAUUACAGUUACGUUGAACUUAAAAAAAACCUAAACCAUCUAAACAAUUCUAAUUUAAAAUACUUUAGCACUUCAGUCCUCGGGUUAGAUUCAAACUCCUUAAAUAAAUUAUUAUAAAGAAAUAUUGUCUUUUUUUUACCGUAUGAAUGAAGUCUCUUUAUACAGCUGGAGUUGUUGAACUUGAUGAUUCGGUCGAUGUCGAAUCUUGGAAUUUUAUCUGCGACUCGCAAAUUGUCGAUGUCGUAGAUGGCCACGUCUUGGUGCUUUGAAAUCUGCAACCCUCCGCUGCAAUCUCCUCGGAUAGAUGGACUCCCAGUAACUUGAUUUUAUAACGAACCUCUUAUUUUUUUAAGAAGUCAAUGAUUUGCACGUAAAUGGUGAUUAAAUUUCUUCCGAGCUGAGCGAUACGAUUAUCUGGCAGUAACUCGAAUAUAGACUCGCUGUAAAUCACACUUGAUUUGGUUUUAUUGUCCCGGCGGCCAUGAUUUAGGUGCCCAAGGAUUCAUUUUACGAUCUUUAUUAUCUCUCCUCUCACUUUCCUUCUCUAAGGCCAGAUGUCCACCUCAUCGGGGCGACGAA